GGCCGGCGCGCCCCUUGGCUAACUUGGGGAUUCCCCGCUGCGGGAUCUCCUCGGAGCCGCCGGAAAUCUAGAGCCUACCUCCGCUCCCGGGGGCCGGCCCCCCCCCCCCCCCCCCGGAGUCUGUUCCCAGUGCGUGGCCCGGGACGCUUCCUCCCCCACCCCCAGGCACGCACUCGCGCACGCACUCGGACUUUCCCCACUCCCGGCCCGAGACCUCCGGGGCUGGGGGCCUCGCCUCCCUUCCCCCUCUGCCCUGGCCGGGAUCAUCGCCUCCGCGCUUGCCAGCUCCCUUCCCCGCGAACCCGCCCCCUGCCCCCUGCCCUCCGCGUGUGCGGGGGAUAACGCGCAUCCCCCGGCUCCCGGCCGGCUCCCGCCCUUCCCCCUCCGCCGCCUCCUCUCCUCCCCCGGCCUUUCUUCCUGGGACUGGGUCCCCCCCCUCCCCCUCCCCGUGCCACGGUCAAGUCCCUUUGUGAAUGGGAGGUUCCGAACUCAGCACCUGCCGUGGACCCGAACUCUGCGAGAGCUGGUCAGCUGCCCCUUCCUAAAGGGAAAGGCCCGAAAGCCCGCCUGAUCGCCCUCAGGCGCCGAGGCUUUCGGGACCGUGGGGGCUGCUGGCGGCUGUCAGUUCCCGGGGGGUGGAAGUUGGGCGCCCGACGCUCUGGCAGAGGAUGGGAGGGGAAGGUAGCUUCCCCCGUAACUUUAGGGGCUUGGCAGCCCAAUGAUUCUGAAGCAAAAGGGAGACCUCUCGCCUCCCCUAACCCCCUUCCCCGCCGGCCGUCGUGUCCCUGUCAAGCCUGGGGCAGCGGAGGAAGGGGAAGAGUUCUAGGUCUCCGGACGGACUGGAAGCAUCUCGCGUCCCGAGGUUCUGCUGAUGUCAUCCGGACAGUGGUUAGCCAGGAAGGGCUAGCCUGCCCACGCUGGACCUAGAAAUGGAGGCAAACGACCAUUUUAAUUUUACUGGCCUUCCCCCUGCACCUGCUGCCUCAGGACUGAAACCCUCCCCCCCCUCAGGGGAGGGCCUCUACACUAACGGGUCUCCCAUGAACUUCUCUCAGCAAGGGAAAAGUUUGAAUGGUGAUGUGAAUGUUAAUGGCUUAUCUACUGUAUCUCACACUACUUCAGGGAUUUUGAACUCUGCUCCCCAUUCCUCUGGCACUUCACACCUCCAUCAUCCCAACGUGGCCUAUGACUGUCUCUGGAACUAUCCGCAAUAUCCACCUGCCAAUACAGGCAGCAACCUUAAAGAUCCACCCCUUCUCUCCCAGUUCUCAGGCCACAGACAAUAUCCACUCAACGGCACCAUUGGGGGCAGCCGGCAAGGCUCACCUCCAAGUCAAAACACUAACCUGCGGGCUGGUAACCAAGAGUUCUGGGCCAACGGCACCCAGAGUCCCAUGGGACUCAAUUUUGACUCACAGGAACUAUAUGACUCUUUCCCUGAUCAGAAUUUUGAGGUGAUGUCCAAUGGACCCUCUAGCUUCUUCACCUCCUCACCACCCUCUCCUAUGCUGGGCUCCAGCGUCCAGACCUUUGCACCUUCCCAGGAUCCUGAGCAUGGUGGACACCCUAGUGAGGCAGCAGAUAAGGAGCUAGCCCCCAUUGUGGCAGAGAACGGCACUGGUUUGGUGGGUAGCCUGGAGCUGGAAGGAGAACAGCCAGAAUUGAAGCUGUGUGACUAUGACAGCUCAGCCCCUUCUGUGGAAUCACUGCGUCGGGAGGUCUCAGUUCUGGUGCCUGACCCUACAGUGAGCUGCCUGGAUGACCCCUCACAGCUUCCCGAACAACUGGAAGGCUCUUCUAUCCUUGGCGAGGAUCCCUUGGAGCCUUUCGACUCCCUGGCUCCAGAGCCAGGGAGCGGUGGGCUCUAUGGGAUGGAUGACUCGGAGCUGGUGGGUGAAGAGGACAAGCUGCCCCUUGGAGACAGUCCUGACAUCUCAGCCCUUGAAUGUCCUUCCCUCACCAAUUCUGCUGCCUUCAGUCUCCUAGCAGAUGACAGCCAGACUUCAACCUCAAUUUUUGCCAAUCCCCCCUCACCCCCUGUCCUAGGGGAGUCUGUAUUACAAGAUGGCAGCUUUGAGCUGAAUAAUGGAAGUGAUCCAGAACAGGAAGAAGUGGAGACGAGCGUGACAGCUGCGUCCCCGGGCCUUGCACCGUCAGCCCCAGCUGAGCUGUCCCCAGAGGAAACGGACACAGACGGGAGCAGUGGUCCCGGGUGCACCCCUGACCUUGAAGAGCAGCUUGCUGGUGGAGACGCUGCUUCUAGCAGUGGUGAGCAGGUGGAAGCGCACCAUGCCAGUCCUCCUCUGGCCUUGGCUGCCAGUCCGGGCACAGGAGAUGUCCUUCGGAGACGGAUUGCCACUCCCGAGGAAGUCCGGUUCCCUCUGCAGCAUGGAUGGCGGAGAGAGGUGCGAAUCAAGAAGGGCAGCCACCGGUGGCAGGGGGAGACUUGGUACUAUGGUCCCUGUGGAAAGAGGAUGAAACAGUUUCCAGAAGUGAUUAAGUACCUGAGUCGAAAUGUGGUACACCAUGUCCGCCGGGAGCAUUUCAGUUUCAGCCCUAGGAUGCCUGUUGGAGAUUUCUAUGAAGAGCGGGACACCCCUGAGGGCUUGAAAUGGGUACAGCUUUCAGUGGAGGAAAUCCCUUCCCGCAUUGAGGCCAUCACUGGCAAACGAGGUCGUCCCCGAAAUACAGAGAAGACCAAAGUCAAGGAGAUGCCCAAAAUAAAGCGAGGGCGUGGGCGGCCGCCCAAAGUCAAAAUCACGGAGCUUUUGAGCAAGACAGAUGCCAGAUUUCUGAAGAGGCUUGAAGCUUCAGAUGCCCCAAGUGAUGGAGAAAAGGCUAAGAUGAGUAAGAUCAAGAAGAAGAUAAGAAGGAAGGCCAAAAACCAACGGAAACAGGAAGCCAAAAGCUCCAAGCAGAAGGAAAUUAAAAAGAAAUCCAAGACUGAGAAAGAGAAAGUAAAAGCAAAGACCGAUAAACUGAAAGUCAGGAAAGAGAAGAUUAGACCAAAGGAGAAGGAGGAGUCCAGACCUGUCCUAAAGGCUGAACGAGUAUCUGCUCCCCAGCGGCGCCUGGAGGAGCGUGAGAGACAGCAGAUGAUCCUGGAAGAGAUGAAGAAGCCCACGGAGGACAUGUGCUUGGCUGACCACCAGCCCCUGCCUGACUUCUCCAGAAUUCCUGGUCUGGUAUUACCUAGCAGUGCUUUCUCAGACUGCCUGACUAUUGUGGAGUUCCUGCACAGCUUCGGCAAAGUGCUGGGCUUGGAUCCGGCCAAGGAUGUGCCCAGCCUGGGAGCUCUGCAGGAGGGGCUGCUGUGCCAAGGCGAGGCCUUGGAUGAGGUGCAGGAUCUGUUGGUGAAGCUGCUUCAAGCUGCUCUCUGUGAUCCUGGCCUGCCAGCUUACUGCCAGUCACUAAAGAUUCUAGGAGAAAAAGUGUCUGAGAUCCCACUGACGAGGGACAAUGUGUCAGAGAUCCUCCGUUGCUUCCUCAUGGCCUAUGGGGCAGAACCAGCCGUCUGUGACAGUCUUCGCACCAAACCUUUCCAGGCGCAAACACCCCAACAAAAGGCUGCAGUGUUGGCCUUCCUUGUACAUGAGCUCAAUGGCUCCAACAUCAUCAUCAGUGAGAUUGAUAAGACCCUUGAGAACAUGUCCAGCUACAGGAGAAACAAAUGGAUUGUUGAAGGCCGGCUCCGGAGCACCCCAACUUCGACUCCCAGGCUGAAAACAGCUCUGGCGAAGCGAACUGGGCGGUCUGAGGCAGAGCUCCUUGGCUUGGAGGAGAGCUUAGGCCGGAGGCGGAGCUCCCGGAUCCCAGAGGAGACAAGUGGGAUGGAAGAAGAGGAAGAAGAAGAUACUGCCCAAGGCCGGUGGGGUCGCCGAGAUGAGGAGGGUGAUGCCCUACCAUUCAGUAUUCCUGAGCUAGAGCGACAGAUAGAGAAGCUCACCAAGCGUCAGCUGUUUUUCCGCAAGAAGUUACUCCAGUCAUCCCAAAUGUUGAGGGCCGUUUCUCUGGGCCAGGAUCGAUACAAGCGGCGAUACUGGGUGCUGCCAUAUUUGUCUGGGAUCUUUGUGGAAGGGGCUGAGGAAACCACAGCCUUGGAGGAUGUGAUAAAACAGGAAGCUGACUCUUCAAAGGGGGUAGCUGUUCCAGCCCCUUCCAUCACUUCUUUCUCUACAGUGAAGAAGGAAUUAACUGAAGGAAAUGUUAAGACUUGGUCUCCCUGUGUUCGGGCCAGGGGUAGGCCCAGAAAGACCAAGCCUGUCCCUGAGCAGCCUGAGAUUUCUGUAUUACCUCUAGUGAAAGAGGAGCACAAGUUUGUGCAGGCCCAGGUCCAGGAGCAGGCACAGGAGCAGGAACAGACCCAGACACAAGUCCUCAAUGGGCUUCUAGAGCCAGAGGACUCCCCCAUGUCCUUGGGUCAGAGCCAGCAUGACCUCAGCCAGUCAGCCUUCCUCUCCUGGCUGAGUCAAACCCAGAGCCAUGGAUCCUUGCUGAGCAGCUCUGUCCUCACACCUGAUAGCAGCCCUGGCAAGCUGGAGCCUGGACCUGCAAUGUACCCUGAAGAACCUGAAACCAGCCAGCCUGAUCUCCCGCCCCCCCGGGGCCCAUGGUUCAACCUGCUUCCUCGAACACCUUGUGAUGCUGCUCCCUCAACAUCCCCUUGUGCCUCAGAGGAUGGCCCCUCCCCUGAUCCACCAACACCGCCUGCUUCUUCUCAGCCUGUGAAUGGACCUAGUGCUGCCAAACCUUGUUCCCCAAAGCCAUUCUCUUCCACCCCCUUGUCUAUGUCAGCUCCCAAAAGAUGGGCAGGUGUCUCUGGGAAAGGGACCCGAAGCCCAGCAGGGCCCGGACAGCCCAAACGGAGGGGUCGACCCCCUAGCAAGUUCUUCAAGCAGAUGGAGCAGCGAUACCUGACUCAGCUGACAGCCCAGCCCGUGCCUGCAGAAAUGCGCAGGGGCUGGUGGUGGAUCCGGGAUCCGGAGGAGCUGGAGGCCACCCUGCGGGCCCUGCACCCCCGGGGCAUCCGUGAGAAGGCUCUGCACAAGCACCUCAGCAAGCACAGGGACUUCCUGAAGGAGGUCUGCCUGAGGCCGCCUACAGACCCCAUUCUCAAGCCGAGCCGGUGCCCCACAGUGUCUCAGAAAGAGCUUGUGUGCUGGUCUCCAGCCGAGAGAGCCUUUGAGGCAGAUCUGGUGAUGCUGCAAUGCGUAGAGGAGCUGGAACGGCGGGUACUACUGGCCGAUCUGCAGAUCAGGGGCUGGACCUGUCCCAGCCUGGACUCUGCCAGAGAGGACCUGGCAUACUAUGAGCACCUGCCUGAGCCGCUCGAGGACAUCACUGCACGAGGCCGAGGGCGGGAAGGCCUGGUACCUCAGAGGGAGGACACCAACCCCCUGGAUUUGGCCGUUCUUCGGCUAGCGGCGCUGGAGCAAAAUGUUGAGCGAAGGUAUCUUCGAGAGCCCCUUUGGCCGGCCCAUGAAGUUGUCCUGGAGAAAGCCCUGCUGAGCCCUCCUGACUCCACUGCUCUGGGGACCACAGAGAUAGCAUAUGAGAUCACUCCUCGGGUCCGGACUUGGCGGCAGACCUUGGAGAGGUGCCGGAGUGCUGCCCAGGUGUGUCUCUGCCUGGGUCAACUGGAGAGAUCCAUUGCCUGGGAGAAAUCCGUCAACAAAGUGACCUGCCUGGUGUGCCGGAAGGGUGAUAACGAUGAGUUUUUGCUGCUCUGUGAUGGUUGUGACCGUGGCUGCCACAUUUAUUGCCACCGACCCAAGAUGGACACUGUUCCUGAAGGGGACUGGUUUUGCGCUGUCUGUCUGGCCCAGCAGGCAGAGGGAGAAUUCCCUCAGAAGCCAGGCUUCCCAAAACGAGGCCAGAAGCGGAAAGGAGGCCCACUGGGCUUCUCCGAGCCCGAGAGUCGGCGUCGGCGUCGUCCUCGGGCUGUAUCCCGGGGCCAGGAUGCUGCAGCUGUGUCCCGGUGCUCUGGGGAGGGGCUGUCUUCCUCCAAACGUCGCCGCCUUUCCAUGAGGCACCACCAUAGUGACCUCACUUUCUGCGAGAUCAUCUUGAUGGAGAUGGAGUCUCAUGACUCAGCUUGGCCCUUCUUGGAACCCGUGAAUCCUCGUCUAGUUAGUGGCUACAGACGUAUCAUCAAAAACCCCAUGGACUUCUCCACCAUGAGGGAAAGGCUCCUUCGGGGCGGGUAUUCUAACUCUGAGGAGUUUGCUGCUGAUGCCCUUUUGGUCUUUGACAACUGCCAGACCUUCAAUGAGGAUGAUUCCGAGGUGGGCAAGGCUGGGCACAUCAUGCGCCGCUUCUUUGAAAGCCGAUGGGAGGAGUUUUAUCAGGGAAAACAGGCCAAUCUGUAAGGCGAAGUGGGAGGACAGGGGCAGGACACAACAUGUCUACCCCCUUCUCCCAUUAUUCCCACCUCCAAAACCCUGCCAUUCUCGCCUGCUGAUGCUGCCUCGGGUCUACGCUCAAGAAUCAGACAUGCCCUGAUCUUGGACUCCACCUUUGGGCAGCUUCCUAGAUCCUCGUUCCUUAAAUUUGCCCUUUUCCUCUUCCUUUCCCCUUCGGAUAAAGGGGAUAGGGAAAGGGGUCUUCCUGGACUGAAAGCCAAAAAGAGAAAGAGAAUUUUUUUCCUUUCUGUUUUAUUUUCUAAAUACGAAAGGGAGGGUAGCAACACCUUCCUUGCCCUUCCCCACCUUUUCCUGCCCCAGCACUUUGGGGCUAUUUAAUGAUAGCAAUAGUUCUAGUGAAUGUGUGAAACCGAGAAACACUCUGUACUGUGUGAGGACCCGUAGUAACGGCCAGUAAAGUGGACUUAACUCCCAAGUGUGUCAAGCCGGAUACGGGGCCCUGGACAUGCUGCUUCCACGUCCAGUCCUUCCCCCAGUCCUUUGCCCACUUCAACACUUUUUCUUCCAAUUUCUGCCUUCUUUCCCACAUCCAAUAAUAUAAAACUAUUGUGUACGGGUUCCUCCCUUCCUUCCCUCAAAACCUUCA